AGGAGACCCUUCUUCACUUUGCGGAGCUCUGUUCUCACCUCAGCCAGCCGAGAGGAUGAGCGGAUCCGUGUCUGGGCUUCUUCCGAGGCGAUUCGUCCUCAAUGCCUCCGUCUGAACAAGUUCAUUUGGUCUGAUGUUUCCCCACCGAAAGUCAUUUGGGAGAGAAUGCGUCUUCUGGUUUUUGCGACUUUAUUUGGAGUCCUUCUCGACGCAGGAGAUGCCCUUCAGAUCCAGUGCUACCAGUGCGAGGAGAUGAAGCACAAUGACUGCUCCACUCCGGAGUACAUCGUCAACUGCACUGUCAACGUACAGGACAUGUGCCAGAAGGAGGUGCUGGUCAAACCUGAUGGAAUACAUUAUCGGAAGUCUUGCGCGUCCUCCGGGGCUUGCCUCAUCGCCUCCUCUGGCUACCAGCAGUUCUGCACAGGGAGGCUGAACUCGGUCUGCAUCUCCUGCUGCAACACCCCGCUCUGCAAUGGGCCCAAGAGGAAGCGCCCCGUCCCUUCGGCGGCGACGUCCGGCCCUCAGACGAACCGGCUUCUCCUUUUCUUCCUGACCCUCUUCCUACCGCUGCUGACGCUCCUCCCCCUGACGUAGAUGGUCCCACCGCAUCUGCUCUGCUCAUCCUGGAGCCCAGACCUGCUAUCACUGCUGUACUGAAGGAGCAGAUUUGGACACCUCGCUGGCUUUGUAACCUCUCAGCAUCAUGAAAAACUGUUAAUCUGAUCGAUAUAACACUGUAACCACUGAGAAUGACACUGGAGAAAACUGGAAGCUGGAAGAGUACUAAGCUUUGUGAAUCGUCUAUUGCUCCUGCUGCCAGAAAAGGACCAUCCAGUCUACAACCAAGGCAUUUCUCAAUGUCUUUGCUUUUUGUGAAGUGGAGCGUUUUGUGAGGAGCCUGCACUGAAGUUAUUUUCUGGUUAUUAAAUGCUGUAAAAGGUACUGGUAGAAGUUAUAGUGGAAAAUUUCUUAUUUUGUGGGUUUUGUUGAAUUUAUGGUUUGAAACUGAGCUGUUGUUUUAUUUCUUGUUGAUGCUGUUGCUAUUGUUGCUUAGAAUACACACAUUUUCUUAUGACCCCUCACUACACAUAUAUUCUUCAUAUGUUAUGAUGAAGAGGGCACUUUGAUUCAGGCAAGUAAGAACUGAAUUUGAAGGUUUCCAAGGUCUCUUGCAGCAUAUUAUCAUAUUAAUUUAUGCAUAUUUUCCACUGCCAAACAGUAUUGAUUGACAUUUUACUACAGGGAAUACAAAGAUGCUGAAACGGUUUUGGAAAGCCUAUUUGUGUUAUCGCUUAUUCAUCCUCAAUCUUAAAACUGAUGAAGUUAUACAAGCAGAUGAUUGGAUAUAUUAAAUAUUAAUAUUAUGUCUUUGUGAAAUGAGAUCUUGAACCGUUUUAGAGCUAAACUUGGAAACACCUGCUUCAGUGAAUUUAUAAAAUAGUGUUACAUAGAUAUAGCGGAGUAUGAGAAAAAGCUAUAAGCACAAAUAAAUUCUCACUUGAGAGUUGCUUCAGGGUGAUAUCAGCCAUAUUUCCCAUUAGUUUUCUUCAGAACAUAAGAGAAUUAAACAUAUGCCAAAAUCAUAGCUAGUGUUGCAUGUAGCCAAUGCUGUAGACCAAAUACUGUAUUUUCUAAUCAGCACUUAUGACAUAAAAUUUGACUUACAGUAUUGAUCUUAUUUCCAUGUCGAAAUGAGCAUUUUGUGAAAUUUACUCUCUCUCUCAUUGUUUCCAUGAUGUUUGAUUUACUGCUUGCACUGGAUUGCUUUUUUUCAGUAUGUAUAUUACCUUUAUAUGUAUUGAAUGUGCUGUAGACAAUAACAAUGCAGGCAUUUUCUCACUGUAUUACAAUGCCGCACAUAAAGGUAUUAAAGGAGAGCAGAGUGAAAGCCGAGAAAAUGAACUGACAGAAUAUGGAAUUUUGUAAUGUUAUAAUAAAACCAAGAAAAAAACA